AUGGUUGAAAAGCAAUCGUCAUGUUCUGGAGGGGGAACCAUCCCAACAUACAAGAACAUAACCAUCCAGGAUAACAGUGUGGACUGUUUUACAGAAACAGAGUCAAGUAAUCUUCACUGCAUUGAGGGCUUUCUUCCAGUUUGCCUGCCUCUGGAACACAAACAAGUUUUGGCUGUGGGAUGUGCAAAGAACUUAUGCAUUCCAGCCAAUGAAUGUGCAAUAUGGGUGACGACAGGAAGCGGUUUUGGUGUAAGCUUCACCGACAAAUAUAAAUGUCCAAAUUGCCCACAUCAUGGACUUGCCGAAUAUAAAAAAUAUCCGGAGUGUUUAAAAGUGAGGCCUCGAAAUUCUACAACUGAAAAUGUGACAAAGACAUGGCCUACACCAGAAAAUGGAUCUUCAGGAAUCUCUCCAGUGUAUAGCAGUGUUCUGAUGCUGCUGCCUCUUCUCCUGCUGCUGGAUAGGAUGGCUAAGGAGAUUUUUUUUCAUGUGUGACCAGCAUUCUGAGAGGAUACCUGGGUCCACUGCACGCACAUCAACCC